GUUCAGCGCCAAUUUCUCAUAAUCCAGUGUGUUUGGGGCUGCUUAUCGCUUUAGCUCCUCCACAGUUGAUCAACGGCAACAGCAGUGAAUAGCAAAACAAAAUGAAAGUGUAAAGUGUGAAGCAACUGGUGUCGGUGAACUAACUUGCUUGUAUGCUAAAUAAUUGAAAAUCAACGAUAUAGCUCUCGAGAAAAGCCGUCCAUGAUACAAAACUAGAAAAUACAUCUAAUAGUACACUAAACUGUUCCAUAAAGCGAUCUAUAUUCUAUGUAUUAAAUAUACAUAUUCGUCAUUUUUAUAAUGCAUAUUUGCUACAGUUUUAAUUGUAAAUGAAAGAUAAUUUUGUCGAAUCAUUUGCAUUAUUGUUUCAUUGUCUAUUUUGUGAGAAACAAAGUGUAUAAAGUGUACACAAGCGGAAAAGUGUAAAAUACUUGCUUAUUAAACUGCACAUAAAUUAUUAUAAUGAUAGUUUUUGUUGUCAUCGGCAUUUAGAGUGAAUGUGGUCAAUAGACAAGUUGUUUAUAAAUUUAUAUAAAAUGGCAAUAUUCUACAAUCAAUUGGAUAAAUUUACAUGCCAAACACACAUUCUUUUUGUGGUUAUAUGUUUGCUCUGCUGGCCAGGGUCUUACGCAUUACCACAGCCUGUUGAGGAACCAAUGGCAUUGCCACAAGAGCCACUACCAAAUGGACUGAUAGAUUUUCAGCCACCACCUCCACCAAACUUAUUGCCGUUGCCAAAGAUUGUGUCCACUACCAGCCUGCCGCCAGCUGAACCAGAGAUAACCGAAUACCGUCCGCAGUGCUUCUAUGCCGAGGAGGAAUUAUGUGACAAAACUCUAGAGAAUUGGAAUCAACAAACUUACGAUCAGCACACACACUUGGGCACCUGUCAUUGUCGACCGUAUACCAAUAUGCCCACGUCAUGGUAUUGCUGCAAUGUAACACACAUGUCGAUGAUCUCGUCCUGCAGUAACACAACCACCUGGACAAACUUACAUAUACGCAAUGUCACAUUGCAUGAAUUGGAUUUGUCGAAUUUCCUCUACCAGAAGCUGCAAUCGCUCGCCAUCACCGACGGCAACAUCACCAAAUUGGUGGGCAGCUUUUCACGAUUCUCUUCCAUCAAGUGUCUGAAUGUGUCCAAUAAUAAUUUGUCGGAAAUUACGCAACGUGGCUUAAUACCGCCGACACUGAAAGUGUUGGAUAUAUCGAAGAACAAUUUGACGAGCAUACCGAACUUCAAUCAAAAUCAAAAUAUAACUGUAGAUGUGAGUGGCAACAACAAUAUGCUUUGUUAUGACAUAUACAAUUCCAUCUUUCGCGAUUCGCUGAUGUUCGUCAACCAGCAAAACUCGUACUGUUUGCAUAACUCCACUUUUCGUUGGUUCAAUUCAACCGACUUGAUAUCCAUCAAGGAGCUAGUCAAAUCGCGACCGUUGAACACCGAUUGCCCCAUCAUACCUGGUUAUGGCAAUUGUACUUGCAAGAAGGAGCACAUGGUGACCACAUUGUCGGGUGAUGAAUCGGAAGCGACAACCAAAAUCAUAUCGGAAGUGGACUGCUCCAAUCUUGGGCUUGUUGAGCUGCCGCCAAAGCUGCCAGAAAACACGUUCUCACUGAAUGUUUCGAACAAUAAGAUUACAAGUAUCGGUAAACAUUUUCAUACAAAUCCAACCUAUCGUAGCUUAAUUUACCUGGUCGCGGACAACAAUAAUAUUUCGAAAAUAUACGAUUUUGAAGGAACCACCUUUAUGGAGCACUUUCAAAGGCUUUACUUGCGCAACAAUGCAAUCAGCAGUAUUCCCGAAUAUUUUUUGAGCAACGUACUGGAUAAUCAUGAUGUUGGACGCAUUAUCUUUCUUGGUGGCAAUGAGCUGAAUUGUGACUGUAAUUCAGCGAAAACAUUGAAGUAUUGGCUGUUGGAACACAAUCGGGACAUCCCUGACUAUAAUAGCAUAAGAUGUCGGAAUUUACCACAAAAUGUUAUGGAAUUGCGUGAAAAGAAACUGUGCCAAUCGCCGCACGAUUGGACCGAUUACAUUUAUUAUUUGAUAGCCACCGAGGUGAUUUUGCUAAUUGCUUUAAUCACAAAAGUGUCCUACGAUUACUGGGUAUUCAAAACCGCUGGAUAUUUGCCAUGGCCAGCUAGUAAAAUGCCAAAAUUACCAUGUGAUUGGCUAUGCGAAUCUUAGUGCGCCCAAAUCUGGGGUGAGAGGGGAGGCAGAAAGACAGAAGACUACUGAAAUAACCAUCGAACAUUUUUGAAAAUACAUAUUAAGUAAGGCUAGUUAGUUUUAUAUCAGCAUAUUAAUAUUUAUUAAAUGUGCCUAUAUUAGUGCAGUAAGGGGGAGAGAAAAACACACUCACGAGAGAAACACAAUAAGUGCAAUUUCCAUAAAGUGCCUAUAAAAAUUGUCUAUAAAAACAAAAAAUAAGAAAUUGUGCACAAAAAAAAAAUUACAGAGCAACAUAUUUACAAACAUUUUUAUUAGACAUAUGCUUAUAUGUAUACAUAUAUUUGUAAAUAAAAAAGAAUGAAUUUCACCGAAUUUAUGUAAAAAUA